AUGUCCUUGGAUGUCGCCGGUGCCGAGAAGAAGAAGGUGUUACUGGCGGAGGGGCUGCUGCUCCCGGCUAGCAUGGUGCUGGUGCAGGCCUUCACCAUGGGCGCCCUCCUCCUGUCCAAGCUAGCCUUCAACGUCGGCAUGGCGCCUUUCGUCCUCCUCGCCUACCGCAACCUCAUUGGCUCCAUGACCGUCGCCCCCUUCGCCUUCUACUUCGAGAGGGAGAUGAUGAAAAAGGUGAACAUGAAGAUAUUUGGCUGGAUCUCCUUAACCGCUUUGUUCGGAAUCGUGCUAGCAAUGGGACUGCACUACUACGGUCUGCGCGCCACCAACGCGGGAUACUCUGUCGAUUUCCUUAAUCUGAUCCCUGUUGUCACCUUUGUCACUGCUGUAAUACUCCGAGUGGAGAAGCUGAGGAUAGGGACAUGCCCGGGCAAGAUGAAGGUCCUCGGCACAGCGAUUUGCGUGGGAGGGACGAUGGUGAUCAGCAUGUACAAAGGCAAGCUGCUGCACCUAUGGCCUACCCACCUACUGAAACCGCACCUGCAGGCGAUGGGCGCAGUCUCUCCCGUCCAAAACCACCACAGCAUGCUCCUUGGCACGCUGUUCCUUGCCGGCAGCACACUCAGCUACGCCUUCUGGUUCAUCAUACAGGUACGAGUGUCCAAGGAGUUUCCGUCCAAGUACUUUUCGACAAUGCUAGCUUGCGUGUCAGGGACCGUGCAGGCGGCGGUGUUCGGACUUGUGCUAGACAGGGAUCUAUCGGCAUGGGCGCUCAAGUGGGACCUGCAGCUACUCGUCGUCGUCUACUCGGGCGUCUUCAACACGGGGGUCAGCUUCUGCUUGAUCUCGUGGGCUAUCGCUCGUCGUGGGCCCACCUACCCUUCCAUGUUCAACUCGUUGUCACUGGUAGUCACCACGGUUCUUGAUUCAGUGUUGCUUGGCACGGAUGUCUCAGUGGGGAGCCUGCUUGGAGCCAUGCUGAUCAUCCUAGGGUUGUACGCGUUCCUCUGGGGGAAAGGAAAGGAGGCACAAGAGCAGCGCAAACAAAUCAGGGCCGCGACGAGCGGAGAUCAGAACGGGUGCCCUACGGCAGUGGCGGGUAAUGGCGUUGAUAGCCUGCAGGUUGGGAAGCACGAGGUGCGAAUUCGCGUGGAAGUCAGCUAG